AUGACCAUUGAGACUUCGGUCAGACCCCUCAAAGUCGCUGUUGUCGGUGGAGGCCCCGGCGGACUCGCGACGGCUAUCGCCUUGUCGAAUAUACCAAAUGUGGAAGUGAAGAUCUACGAGCAGGCGACUCUCCUACGAGAGGUCGGGGCUGGUAUCAGCAUUGGGCAGAAUACCUGGAACGUCCUCGAGCUGCUCGGAGUGGCCGACACGCUCACCAGUGGCCAUGUCACUGAUGUCGUCGGGAACCUAAAUGGCAAGACUGGGGAAGAAAUACACCGGCAGGUGAAGACCGCCCCUGUGAAACGCCCGCAAAUUCGCACCCAGCGGACGAAGCUGCAGUCGGCCCUUCUCGCACAUGUCCCGCCUGGUGUCAUCGAGCUCUCGAAGAAGCUCACUCGCAUCGUGGACAUAGGCAACGACGGUGUGGAACUGCACUUCAAAGACGGUACAGUGGCCACAGCCGAUCUGGUCGUUGGUGCAGACGGCAUUCGCUCGGUGGUCCGGGAUGCCGCGUGGCCUGACUACGAGAUCAAGUUCACCGGUACCACCAUCUGGAGAGCGCUUUUGCCAUGGGACGACGUCGUGAAGCAGGACCCUCGCUUCGCCACGACCGCAUGGUGGCACGGCCCAACAUCCCACGUCUGGUUCUCUCCCGUUGGGGAAGGCCUCGGUGAGAUCGCCGCGCGGAGCUGGCAAGACCCUGCUGUACACAGCGCCGACAAGGUCAGCUGGGGCGUCCCAGUUGGCAACGCAUACGUCGAGUCUCACUUCGAGGAGUACCUCCCGCAGAUCCGCGAGGUGAUCAGCUGGGUGAAGGAGGGCGACUGGAGGGAGUUCGCGGCCUUCGCGGGCCCGGAGCUGUCGAAGCUCACCGCGUGGGACGACAAGGUCGUCCUCGUCGGCGACUCGUCGCACGCGCUGUCCGGGGCCUUCGGCUCGGGCGCGGGCUUCGCCAUGGAGGACGGUUGGGUGCUCGCGCAGGCGCUGCGGCACUACCGCAACGACGUCCACCGCGCGCUCCCCCUGUUCGACCGCAUCCGCCUCCCGUACUACGCACGCAUGUACGCGCAUCUCCAGGGCCAGGCUGCGCAGCGCGCCGCGAAGUUGGAGGAGCUUGGGGACUCGCCGUCUUAUGACGAUCGCGUCAGGGUCAAGAUCAUCAAGGACGGCGGGAGCGACAUGUCUUGGAUAUAUGGUAACGACAUUGGUAGGGUCUGGGAGGACGCGAUCAGUACGUUGGAACAGAGGCAGACGGAAGACACUUGA